GUUCUACGGAGGAAACGAAACCAACGCCUAAACCCUAACCUCCACAGGUAGAGGAGACAGAGAUGGGAAACGACAUGGAAGUGAAGAAGAAGAAGAAGAAGAAGCAGAAGCUUAACUGUAGGAGUUCCAAGCUCUUGGAAAUUGGGGAAAAUGUAGACAAACUGGUACAAGAAAAUAAAGAAAAUAAAUCUUCUGGGAAGAAGAAAAGAAAAAGGGAAAAGGGAAAUCAAGUUCAUGCUGGCAAAGCUGUUAAGUUCAGUAUUGAAGAAGAUAAGUCAAAUGAAGGAGAAAGGGAAAGGCAAAAGAACAAAUCAUCAAGGAAAAAGAACAGAAAAAAUGAGGAGAAAAAUACAGUUGUGCUUGGCAAAGUUGAUAGACCAGAAGAGGAAGUAGCAGGCCCAGGCCAAUCUAAAACUCAAAGCAAAACUGAGAAUUCCAACAGGCCUGAGGAGGCUAGUGUUGCAGCAAAUAUGAGAACAAGUAAGUCGAAGAAAGCUGCAAAAAAUAAGGAGGAGAAAUUUACAAAAUCAUCAAAAAAACAAGUGGAAAAUGAACCAGAUGAGGUCUAUCAUAUCUCUUCAGGGGAUGAAGAUUGCUCAAAAGGAAUGAAAAAAUGGAUAAUGAAAUACCGUCAGAGCAGACCAGGGCUGAAGAUGUUGCAACAAAGGAUUGAUGAGUUUAUAACUGCUCACGAGGCAGAAGAGGAACAGGCAAGAAAAGAAAGGGAAGCCCGUGCUUCAGAAGGGGGAUGGACUGUUGUUGUACAUCAUAAAGGGAGGAAAAAGACAACAGAUUCCGAAAGUGGGAUUGCGGUGGGCUCUGUUGCCCAAGCUGCUGUGAUGGAUAAAAUGGGCAAGAAGAAAAGUAAAGAAAUUGGUCUGAAUUUCUAUCGCUUUCAGAGAAGAGAGGCACAGAGGAAUGAGCUAAUGAUGCUGCAAAGCAAAUUUGAGCAGGAUAAAAAGCGGAUACAGCAACUGAGAGCUGCAAGGAAGUUUCGGCCUUAUUGAAUGCCCCAACCCCCUUACAAAGAAGCCCCUGCUUCCCAUUUUUCUUGCUUGUUUAUUGUCUAGAAUUUUACAACUUAAGAUGUAGAAUUAUCAUUGCCAUAUUUACAAGUACCUAUUUGAAACAGUCUGCGGGUUCAAGCUGCAAAAAUUGGCAGUGUAAUUUUGUUAUUAGGAAUAUACAACAAAAAUUUUGUCUUCUAUGGUUUGUCUGUAGAUUCCUGAUGUGUUAUCAUUUUCUGGAAGAGAGCUAGCAUAUGCCUUUGCCCACCUAUUGAGAAAGGAAACAGAUGCUUGUGA